UGCUUUAUUUUUAUACGCAAAAGUGAAAAAGACGCGUCAGACAGGCCUUUUAAAUCGAUUCGGAUGACACGUGGUCACACGUGUCGGACGGAUCGCUCGCACUUCGCAGCAUCUGACAGCAAUACAGCAUCUCUCGACAGAUCAGAAAAUGCGCAGCUUCGACCUGUUAUCGUCUUCUUUCACUUAUCCGAUAUCCGCAAUGCUGAAAACGCAUAAAGAAUUCGCAGCGCAGUUGUCGAGCGUCUAAGAGUAAACCUAACCCAAGGGAAACAUCGUGUUUACAGGUGUAUUCCUAACCUCCAAUACUUGGUGCAACGUCGUAUACGCGAGAAAGAUGCUGCGGAAGACGAUUUUAAGAUUAAAAUGCACCGUUCGAACGGUGCAUCUUCGCUCUCUGUCUAAACUAUCGGCCAACUUGAAGGAGAAUCCGGGUGACAGGAUGCAGGCCUGGCAGAUACACUCGUAUAAUGGCCUGGAGGACCUGAGGCUGUCUAGCGUCGGGAUGCCGAUAAUCACGAAUCCCACGGACGUCCUGGUGAAGAUCGAAGCCGCUAGCGUGAAUCCCAUUGACGUCGCGAUGACGAAUGGCUAUGGUAACACUCUCUUUAAUGCCAUGCGCAAGACCAAGAGUUUGGCCUUUGGAACGUCGGAGGAAUUAGAUUUGCCAUUGACAUUAGGUAGAGAUUUCGCAGGGGUGGUCGUGUCAAAGGGACACAAUGUAGGGGACAGGCUCAAGAUAGGCGAGGAAGUUUGGGGAGUGGUCCCAAUCGACCAACAGGGCUGUCACGCGAAUUACCUUGUGGUUGACAGCAGCUUGGUAAAUCCACGUCCUCGAAAAUUGUCUUGCAUCGAAGCUGCGAGUAUCUUGUACGCCGGAAUGACCGCAUGGUCCGCGUUAUGGUUCACAGGAGGGCUAUAUUACAAAACGGCGAUAGUUACGAGAAUGAACAGACGCGUCCUGGUCAUGGGUGGCUCGGGAGGAGUCGGCACCUUGGCUAUACAGCUACUGAAAGCUUGGAACAUGCAUGUAAUUAGUACGUGCAGUGGCGACGCUGUGGAGAUGCUGCAGAAUUUAGAUGCCGAUGUUGUCAUUGAUUACAAGAAAGACGGUGCUGACGCAGAAAUUAUUUCGGAGGGACCGUAUGACAUGAUCUUAGAUUGCGCCAAUCAGGGGCCGGAGUACGUCAGAAGAAAAGGAUAUCCCCACGAUGCUUACAUAGGAUUAAACUCGCCGCUGUUAAGAAAUUUUGAUCAUCACGGGCUAAUUAUGGGAAUGGCGAAGAAUCUCGGGGAUCUCCUAAAGUUUAAUAUUCCAACGGCAGAAAAUAAAAGCUGUGUUAAAUGGGGAUUUUUUAUACCUUCCCAAACGGGGAUGGACGUUCUUCAAAAGCUUGUGGAAAACGAACAGAUCGUACCGGUCGUUCAGCAGGUAUAUCCUUUUCAAGAUUUGCCACAGGCAUAUGAAAGAGUGGAGCAGGGCCAUCUAAGAGGCAAACUAGUCAUUGACAUGAGAUAAUAAAUUGAAUUAAACAUGUGUUUGUUCAAA